AUGGGAGGUGUCAGCCAUCCGUCUGUCUCCCCUGCUGUUGGGUCUGAUGCUGCGGGUCCAGCCAGGAAGCGCACCACGACCAUGGCGGGGUUGGACAGCUCUCCGGGCAGUAUCGAUGAUGUCGAUGGGCAGGACAAUCAGGAGGAGAAGAAGAGACAGCCCGUGAAACGGGCUUGUAAUGAAUGUCGUCAACAAAAGCUCCGAUGUGAUGUUAUUCAAGACCCGUGGACGGAUUGCUCCCGAUGUCGUCGUCUGAAGCUGGAUUGUAAAAUCGAAUCCAACUUCAAACGGGUUGGGAAACGCAGUCGCAACGCCGAGAUGGAACGCGAGAUCAUCGAGCUGAGAAAGCAGAUUGCUACUGUGCAGGCUGGGGCUAUGCCUCAACCGCAGUCGGCAUCUUUGCCGCCGGUUCAGACGCCCAAGCAAGAAACGGCCAGCCAGGUUGGCUCGGGAGUCUACCAUACGCCGUCGGCCAUGUCUGCUGAUCAGUAUAUGGGAUCUCAUGAGGCUGUUGCGUCGCUUUUGGAUUUGCGCUCCGGCUUUGAUGGCUCGAACUACAUGAGGAACGGCAAUCAUCACUUCAAGCGCAUUGAAGAUGUCGCGGUCGUUCCGGAGAGGGUGACGGAGCUCUUUCAUCUGUUCUUUACCUUCUACCAUCCUUUUCUACCAUUCCUUGAUCGAGACCAGUCGCCCGAUGAUUACUACAGCGCAUCGCCACUGCUGUUCUGGACCAUCAUCAGUGUAGGCGCGCGGCGCUUCCAGGCCGACACCCACCUUCUUAAUUCCCUCUCAGGCCCGGUCUCGCGAUUGGUGUGGAGUACGCUGGCGGACAUCCCACAAAGCUACCACGUCGUGAAGGCUCUCUGUUUGCUCUGUACCUGGCCUUUUCCUACUAGCAGCACGUCCACCGAUCCGACCUUCAUGCUCUGCGGUAUGAUGAUCCAAGUGGCAAUGCAGCUGGGCCUGCAUCGUCCGUCUCAUACGCAGGACUUUAGCAAAUUCCGCGUGGAGCUUAUUGAAGAGGAACUUCGCGACAAGGUGCGAACCUGGGCAGUCUGCAACAUUGUCGCCCAGCGUGUUGCUACUGGUUAUGGCCAGCCUCCGUCCUCUGUGUACGACUGGACACUGUCUUCGAAUGACUCCGUGGACCCCAACUUUAGGUUGCCCGACGACAUCAGAUCGAGGCUGGAGAUCGAAAAGUUUUGCGACAAGGUCACCAAGUCUUUAUAUACUAACCGGCGGGACCCUGUCGGGCUCUGCAGCGAUCAGGAGCGAUCAACAUUGAUCUCAUUUCUGUCGCGGGACUUCGAUGAAUUGGAGAAUCAGCUGAAGGCGCACAAUGACUGUAUCACUAAUCUCUAUUUGCGCGCAUCGAAUCUUCACCUUCACUUGUCUGCGUUCUUCGACGACACGACCGCAAAGGAUUAUAGAGAGCGUCUUCUCUCGCUCUAUGUCGCUACCACGACCUUCCUCGAAGCAGCGAUGAACCUGGAAACGGAAGUCGGCCCGGUGCUGUCAUACACCCCGUACUACGUGUAUCAGAUGAUGGUCGCGGGCGGAUGCACUCUGCUGAAGCUAUGCAAGAGCUUUUUCGCCGCGCACAUCGACAUGGAUUAUGCAAAGAACCUCUUCAAUCGGACGAUCUGGGCCAUUCGACGCGUGUCCGUUUCCAGCAACGACCUCCCAGAGCGACUGGCAGAAGUGGUGGCGCAGAUGUGGCGGCUGAACAACGUGCCCACACCAAAAUUGACGGCAGACGGCGGAGAGGUCGACGACUCGCUGAUGCUCAAGGUGCGGUGCCGGAUGAGUAUGUCCUUGCUUUUCGACUCAGUCUGGCGGUGGCGGGAAGACGCGCGGACCAAGGGGCGUAAUCUUGAAGCAUAUCUUAAAAACCCAACCAACCCAGACUCGAACGCCGAAUCCUCCAACUCAUCAUCUGUCCAACCUACGCGCACCUCGACAGCGACACCCGGGGUCGCCGGCGCCGCAGACCCCAGUCUCGCGCCAGCCCCCAUGCUCCCACAAGCCAACAUGGGCGUAUCCGCACCGAGCGCUGUGGGCGCCCUUCCCAGCGGAUUCAUGGAACCCAAUUACGAAGUAUUCGAUCCGCUGAACUGGCUUCUGGACGGACUGGUUGAUUUGCCGUAUUCAUACUCGACGAUAUCGGGGAUAGAGUCUCAGGGUAUUGCAUGA